AUGGAUGGCCUCCCAGUGUCCAACGAAGCCGAACGCGUCACCCAUGUGCUACCUCUCUUCCGAUUUUAUUUCGGGGAAGAACUCGUUGAUGGGUUACGCCGACAGCGCGAGACGGAUGAGAACAACGUGAUGACACGAAUGUUCAGAGCCGAUGGCGAGGGCCAGCUUGACGGCUUGAUGAGGAAUAUUCUGAGUAAACACGGUGUUGAUGAUAGAUAUCAAAUACCGAAUUCCCGACAGCCACAUAACGGUACUGGGAUGCACACUAUUCUCCAAUGUCCCAUCAUCGAAGAGACGCCAGUCAGCAACAGCCUAAACGACUUCCGCGAAAUCGAUGGCUGGACUGUCGAAGAGCAUUGCCAACUGCACAAGCAAGACCUAGCCUGGUUGAACAGCAGAGUCAACGCCAUAUCCGUCGACUCUGGACGCAAGAUUGUCAUCUUCACGCACUACAGUCCGACCGAAGAUAUCCGCGCUGUUGAACCUUGUCAUGCUCAAAGCGACAUUAAAUCUGACUUUCAAACAGACUUGCGAAACGAAGAUUGUUGGAAAAGCCCUAAUAUCAAGGUCUGGGCGUUCGGUCAUACACACUUCAACUGCGACUUUGUGGAUGAGGCGACAGGGAAGCGACUCUACACCAACCAGAAGGGCUACUGGCAGGAACACUCUCCAGGCUUCAGGGAAGGAAACGUGGUUCAUGUGGAUUGA